CUCGUUUGCAUUUGUGGGUGUGCGCGCGCGAUCUCAUGUAUGACAAUGGGAGGGGUUCACAGGUGUUAAUGGCGCGUCAUGAGGGAGUCUGAAGCACUAAAGACCCCGGAGAGGGACAGAGAGAGGGUGGUCUGGGUAUUUGGUGUUUGUGAUGGUGACACUGCGGAUGUUUUGAUGGUGUUGCAGACAGUGCAUCAGUGUUGAGCAGACCAGUCACAUCACACGCGCGCGCUCUGGGUGUUUUGCAGUUUGCCAGCGAGCGGAAUGACGAAUCAACUGUUCAGGUUCUUGCUGUCUGCUGUGGUGGUGUGUCAGGCUGUUUCUACUGAAGCAGGUUGUGAGGGCUCAGAAUGUGGGAAAGCUGGAGUUUCUGGUAAGCCAAAGCAACAAGCUGAAUUCUUGAAUAAGUUCAAUGAAAUGAACACGCAAACGCCGCAGCGUCAACACCACAACGCAGAGGCCGCGUUACCGUUCAUAGGACUGACUGGAGUUGCUAAACAAAGUCGUACCUGCUGCAAGAAUGGUGGAACGUGCAUUUUGGGAAGCUUCUGCGCCUGUCCGAAGUACUUCACCGGUCGCAGCUGCGAAUACGACGAACGCCUCAGCGAUUGCGGUGUUAUUCCACAUGGAGAAUGGGUUCAGAAAGGAUGUUCGUACUGCAGAUGUGGAUAUGGAGUUUUGCACUGCUUCCCGCAUGUUUUCAGCAAAGACUGUGACGACUCUCAGGAAGUUCGGUGGUUCCGCUCAAGAGCCCUCCGAACGUUGUCAUCUUCAAUCAUCAUGUUUGUUGCCUUUAUUUUACCCUUUCUACUGUAAAUUCGUUUUCUUAACUGGGUUUUGUACAUGGCAUUGACAUAUAUAACACAGCAGAGACGGACUACAAACAAAAAGACGUUUGUUUUAAGUUUUCUUUCUGGGCAGCAUUUAUUGUCGGCACUGAAAUGCAUUUUGCUUCCAGUGGAAGUGUAACUAGCUGUGUUAAAAGCAACUGUUUAGUGAAGGAACAUGUGUAUAUAGGAUUUAUAUAGAAAAUAUAUUGUGUUUGUGUCAGUGCGCAGCCAAACCAAAUGGAUUCUGUCUUUUUCUAUGUCUCUGUAUGAAUUUAUUGUACCAGAGAGUGCACUGGCUGAAAGUAAAGCUUUUUUUUAUAUAUAUAAUCAGUAUUUGCAAAUACACUCGUGUUUUCAUUUUGGAAUAUACAUGUCAUCUUAACAAUGAGGCGCAGUUCUUGAUUUAAAGUCAAGUUCU